AUGGGAAUCUGUGCACAGACUGGGGAUUGUAUGUCACAAAAACCGGAAGCAAUUAAUCAAAGAGCUAAUAUUGCAGAACAAGAAGUUUCUAUUGCAAGAGGAUUAGAUCCUCAUAAACCUUUGGGAGAAAUUGAUUUUGAAGUAGAAUUGCGGUUAUCUCGUUCAUUUCAAGUAAAAGAAGGAUUGGUAAAGCUUGGUGGACUUGAUAAAUUUUUGGUAUCUUCAAAUAAUGGAGUAUAUCAAGAGGAUAUUUUACUUUCCGAACAUCAAUCGAAUGCUAUGAUAUUUCAAAUAGAAAAUCAAAUAAAGGUAGUUAGGUGGGAGAAGGAAUUCGAGAAUUUAUCCAUUAUAUCCUCUUAA